AUGUCCUCGGAUCGUCUCCCAAACUGGGGAGGGCGCUUUGAUGUCAAGCCCAUCUCGUCCACCCCCGUGAUUGCGGAACUGGACAUCGAACGCAAUGAACUGGCCCAGGCAUGGAAACGGUUCAUCGGAUAUUUACUUCCGGAAGAUCAAGUGGAAUGGGAAAAUCGCCCAGCAACCGCCCAGGAUGUUCUGGCUCUCGUGCGCAACAUCCAGACAUGGUGGGUGUCCCGCCCGAGACAACGCGUCUUCGGUCACUCCAUGUCUCUCUGUGAUCAACUCCUCCCGACCAUCGAUACCCAUGUGGCCUUGCUCUCUGCCUUGCCACUAUCCGACCGCUACUAUACCCCCCUCUUCUUCGGGGUUCUCCAGUCGGUGAUCAAGGCUUCCUCAAACUACCCGAGAGUGAUGGAAGGCUUGGUCACGGCGUUACUGAAUAUCCAUAGUGCCCUGAGUGUCCCAGACGACAGCCGCCUCUCCCAUCGGAAUGCAGUCGAGCCCAUUGCGAAAAUCUACACGCUCACCUUUUUCUUUCUGACUGAGUUUAUGGAUUGGUAUGUGCGACAGUCGACGUGCCAGCUCUUGAAGGGCCACUGCCAGGAUGUCUAUGCCGAGUUCCACCACCUCAUCUUCCAAAUCCAUCGCCAGGCUCGGGCUCUCCCCGGGCAAACCGACAUGGCAAUGGACGAAGACAAUCAGCCCGAACCCUCGUCCAGCCCGCAAGUGCUCUGGGAAGAGUCUCAACUGAGUCAAGUCGGGCGCCAGGGCACGGAUCGCCGAAUCGCCGCCCAGAAUACCAUCACCCGCCGCCUCAUUUGGGAGAUCCAACAGGAUGCCGAGGAGCGCGAUCGAAUUCGACAAGUUCGGGACCAGCUAUUGACCCAGAUGCUGAAUUCCGUCAGCCAGCAACUCCAGCCAAUCAGCGAGCAGAGCAGCGGCAUUGUCUGUAUAACGACGGCCGCCCCAGACCUUGUCACCUCUCAGUUUGAAUGGUCCCGGGGGUCCAAGCGCCGCCUCGCCCGUCUGGAGCUGCAAAGUGCGUCCAAGCACCUCCAGGCUUUCUUCGACAGUGACGAUCAGAUUGCCGACCUGGAACCGGAUAUCCAAGUGAUCGCCGAGAAUAGUGUGAUCACGUCUUUACGGCAAUGGGUCACCAGCACGAGGUCUCAAGCUCUGGCAGUGGGCGGGUCUCAAUCCACCGUCUUUCCCAGCCCCGUGGCCCUAAUCUCCACCUGCUAUGCCUCCUUCGCCCGCCAGGCUCGACUCCCAGUUGUAUCCCACUUCUGCGCGCUCCCUGCUCAAACAACCCCAGGACUGAAUCCGCAUGAACAAGGAUUAAUCGCCCUCACAUACAGCAUUAUCCGGCAAUUGAUCGAUUGUCUUCCUCCUGUGGUGGACAGCGACUCCCUGCUGGACCUGAGUGCAGAGCGAUUCCGUCAGCUAGAUGGAACCAUUUCCAGCUGGAAAGCGGCCCUGUCGCUGGUGGACACGCUCCUACAUUUCUCGCCACCCCUGCUCAUAUGUGCGAUCGAUGGCCUUGACACAAUCGAGGACGCAUCCACGGAUGCUGGGCUUCGCGAUUUGCUUCGUGUUCUGCUCACACACACUCGGCACCAGCCGCAGGCGGAUGACAACCAGGGCCCAGUGGCUUUAUUCAAGGUGCUCUUUACUGUUGCCGGAAGGCCCAGUGCACUGGUGGAUACGAUGUCGGAAAACCACCUUACCCUGACCGAGUCCAACCAGACAGACCAGUCCGCGUCUGACCCGGUCCUCACUUCGGACCUCGGCGUGGUGAUGAUGAAUGCAUGA